CUUGAAACCUAUUUAGAGAAUACAAUAAGAUAGAAGAAAUAAAUUCCUCAGUGUUUUAAUUUCAUUUGGCACGAUGGACUCGAAAUCAAAAAUCUCGACUGUGGAAGAAAUAAUCAAAGAAAAAACAAUUUCCAAUGAUCUCGAAAAAAACUCUCCAAUUACCAAACCCUCGUUUGAUAUUCCCGAUGGUGGUUAUGGCUGGGUUAUUGUCUUUGCACUUCAUUCGAUUUUUAUGGUGACUUGGGGUGCUAACUCUGGCUUUGCUGUUUAUCUUGCUCACUAUCUAAAUGAGGAUUUAUUUGAAAAUGCAACAAAAAUUGAUUAUGCCUGGAUUGGUGGUUUGGCUUUUGGCUUGGGUUUAAUGAUUGCACCAAUAAUCACCUUUCUUGUGGGCUUUUUCGGUUUCAAACAAAUGAUGUGUGUUGGUGCUACUUUUGAAUUUGCUGCUAUGAUGCUCGCAAGUUUUUCUGUAGACCUAUGGCAGCUCUACUUAACUCAGGGUGCACUUCAGGGGCUUGGACUAGCUUUCACUUUUGUCCCUUCAAUUCAUUUAAUAUCGCAAUGGUUUAAGAAAAAGAGAACUCUAGCUAUGGGUCUUGUUUCCGGUGGUGCUGGUACGGGAGGAAUUUUGUUUGCUUUAGCAAUGAAUGAAAUAAUGGUGUCCAAAAAUGUGCAAUGGGCAUUAAGAUCACAGGCAAUAAUUUGUCUUGUUUUGACAAUGAUAUCGAUCGUUUUAUUAAAGGAUAGAUCUGAUAAAAUUCAUCCUGAAUUUAAACCAAUAGAUUCAUUAAUUUUGAAAAAUAAAGGCUUUUGGAUCAAUUUUUGCUGGAUUUUUUUUGUUCUUUUGGCAUUUGUUAUUGUUCAAUACAGUAUAUCAGAUUUUACUAAAUCUCUUGGUUAUUCUGCUCACCAAGGUUCUGUAGUAGCUGCCAUAGUAUCUUUAGGAGCCUUAGUAUUGAGGCCAAUUUUUGGAAUUGCUUCUGAUAGAUUUGGACCUGCUACUGUUACAUGUCUUGUUUAUUUCACUUCUUCUAUUUUGUGUUUUGCAAUGUGGAUUUCUUGCAGAAAUUAUGCUACUGAUUUGGCUUUUGGUUUUUUUAUUGGUGGUUUAAUGGGUUUUAUUUGGCCAGCCUUAGGUAGUAUUAUACCUAGAACUGUUGGUUUGAGAAAAACUGGUGUUUGUUAUGGUAUGCACUGGAUUGCAAUUGGUAUUUUAGGUAUUGUUUCUCCAGUCAUUGGUUUAGUAUUAAGAGGACCUGUUAAUGAAUCAAACAAUUACGUCAAUCCAACUGCUUAUGUCAAUCCUGCUAUAUUUUGUGGAUCAAUGUUUUUUGGCGCAAGUUUUUUUUUAUUUUUAUUGAGAGCAUUUUUAAUAGCGAGAGAUUCAUUAAGUGAAAAAGAUGCUGAUUCAGAUCAUAGUCAAGAAUUAUUAAUUGUUGUACCAUGGAGUUUGGUGCUUAAAUCAAUGUUUAUACUCAACCCUUCAAAGAAAGCCUAAUAAUAUUUUUUUUCAAAUAGAUUUUUUUUUUUCAAGUUAAUUUUAUUUUUUAAAACUCAGUAAUUUAAAUUUUUU